AUGAAACCGGCUGCGAAGCUCUUCUACUUGUCGCUUUUCGCGCUCUGGGGAACACCAGUCCAAUGCGAGAGCAAAAUACCAGAUGAGACCUGCGCAAUUUCGCCAAAGGCGAUCGUAUCGGAUGCAUGCGCGUCGUACUCGACCUUGGAAAAACUCAAUAGCAAAGUCCGGCCUCAUGUCGACGACUUGACACAGCAGACCGACUUCUUUUCAUACUACCGACUGAACCUCUUCAAAGAGGGAGGAUGUCCGUUCUGGAACGACGAAAACGGCAUGUGUGCCAACAUUGCCUGCAAGGUGGACACGCUCGACAAAGAAGAGGAUAUUCCCAAGAUCUGGCGCGCGGCCGAGCUGGGCAAACUUGAAGGGCCUGUGGCCAAGCACCCAGGGAAGACAGCGCAAAAGGAACGUCCGCAAAGGCCGCUACAGGGUUCGCUGGGCGAGAAUGUCGGCGAAAGCUGUGUGGUGGAAGCCGACGACGAAUGCGACGAGCGCGACUACUGCGUGCCCGAAGACGAGAGCGUGACCGCGAAAGGCGACUAUGUCUCGUUGAUUCAAAACCCCGAGCGAUUCACGGGCUAUGCGGGCGACGGUGCGAAUAUGGUCUGGGAUGCUAUUUACCGCGAGAACUGCUUCCAGAAAUCGUCGUUCCCCCACACCGCAGCACUCGGCAUGACAUCAGUGCCCAGAGGCCCCGCCGCAUUUGACUUUCGCGCAGUACUGCAGGAUGCAGGUCGCCAGCAGAUGCUGGAGCAGCAGGUGCAGCAAGGCAGUCAGGGGACUAACAGUGCACUCACGGGUCUCGGGUUUGAGGACGAAUGCCUCGAGAAGCGCGUAUUCUACCGCGUCAUCUCGGGCAUGCAUGCCAGCAUCAGCACGCAUCUCUGCUGGGACUUCCUCAACCAAACAACCGGACAAUGGCAGCCCAACACGCAAUGCUACAUACAUCGUCUGCACAUGCACCCCGAGCGCAUCUCGAACCUCUACUUCAACUAUGCCCUGGUUACUCGCGCCAUCGCCAAGAUCGGCCCCCAGCUGCGGUCCUACACAUUCUGCACCGGCGACGAUGAUCAAGAUGCUGCGACCAAGGCGAAAGUUCUAGCGGUCACCGAGGGUGCAGCCGCCGUGCCUCACAUCUUCGACGAGAGCCUCAUGUUUAAGAACGGUGAAGGCCCCAGCUUGAAGGAGGAUUUCCGCAAUCGCUUCCGCAACGUAAGCCGCAUCAUGGAUUGCGUCGGCUGCGACAAGUGCCGUCUCUGGGGUAAGCUGCAGACGGCUGGCUACGGCGCAGCCCUCAAAAUCCUUUUCGAGUUCGACAAUAACAAGACGCCUGGCGCGCCUGAACUCAAGAGAACUGAGCUGGUUGCCUUGUUCAACACGUACGCCCGACUCAGCAGUUCCAUGAGCGCGCUUACCGAGUUCAGGAGUAUGGUCGAAGCGGCUGAGGCAGCUGAGGAAGACGACCAUGUCGAGAUUGUCGAGGGUAAGGUUGACGCGAUUCCCGACAGGGCGAAGAAACCGCACGCUGUUGCCACUUCGACGGAUGAGGAGGAGAAGAAGAACAAGGAUGAACAGUCGGAUGAGUGGGAGGGCCAAGAGGAGCCAUCGAAGAAAAAGAAGAAGCCUGCGAAGGACAUGACCAUAAAAGAGGUGUUCAAGGACGAAUUAAAGAACGUCAUCAGGGCCUUCAAGCUCGUCCUUAAGGGAUGGGUACAACUCCCAAGAAAUCUAUGGUACAUCUUCGUCACAGAACUAAACAGAGCCUGGGAAUACUACAUCGGCCUGCCGGUUUCGCCUCGAACGUGGAGGUUUGAGCGGCCCAGGAUGGAUGAAUUGUAA